AAGUUUAAUGUUUCAUUGCGGGCAUGGCACUGACGAAUUUGUAUUAGCUAGAAAAAUAAAGGCCUCCUCGUAGUAAACUACCAGUAUGUCGUUUUUACUUAACAUUGAAGAAGUCAACAGACCUAAUCAUGUAAGCUCUUAGCUUGAUAUCUUUGUCCGUUACAGAUUAGCUUCGUAACAUUACUUUACCGGGCACCUCGCUCGGUAGCUAGCAUAACUGACUUCAACGUUGGACGAGGACAGCGGCAAUGACGGUUAGAAGAACCAGCCGACAUCCGCGGACAUGUCUAGUUUUGCUCGCCAUCUUUCUGCUAAUUUUGAGUGUGCAAUUGGUGGAAACCGCUUCUGAAUAUGACCCCUACAAAAUCCUGGGUGUCAGCAGGAGUGCGAGUCAAGCAGAAAUCAAAAAGGCAUACAAGAAUCUUGCCAAAGAAUGGCAUCCAGACAAGAACAAGGACCCUAAGGCUGAGGACAUGUUCAUCAAGGUUUCCAAGUCAUACGAGAUUCUGUCUAACGAGGAGCGAAGGUCCAACUUUGACCGCUAUGGGCAGAUGGAUGAAAACCAGCCCUUCGGCCAGUCGCAGCAUCCCGGUUUCCGCAGCUUCCACAACAGCUUCUACUUUGAUGAGUCUUUUUUCCAUUUCCCCAGGUCCAGAGACUUUGCAGACAGCAAGUACCUGCUUCACCACGCGCAGUUUAACAGCGAUGUCCUUCCAGACAGCCACAAGAGGCCGUACCUAAUCAAAGUGACCUCUGAGUGGUGCUUUGCAUGCAUCCACAUUGAGCCUGUGUGGAAGGAGACUGUGCAGGAGCUGGAGCCACUGGGUGUUGGCAUUGGCAUUGUGGACCUGGGUUAUGAGCGUCGCCUGGCCAACCAGCUGGGAGCUCACCGCGCUCCCUCCAUCAUCGGGCUGGUGAACGGCAGGGUGACCUUCUUCCAUCAGUCUGUGGUAAGGGAGCACCUGCGACAGUUCAUUGAAGACCUGCUGCCCCACAAACUGGUGGAAAAGAUCACAGAUAACAACUACAUGGCUUUUCUGGAUAGCUGGCAUGUGGAAAAUAAGCCCAGCGUUCUCUUGUUUGACCAAGUCCCUAUUGUUCCCCUACUGUACAAAUUAACAGCGUUUGCCUUCAGAGAUUAUGUGCGUUUCGGCUACGUGGACCAGGGUGACACACACAACACUCGGCUACUGCGGCAGUUCAACAUAAACACAUACGCCCCCACCAUGCUGCUGUUUAAGGAGGAUACAGAGAAGCCUGUUGACAUCAUCCAGGCCAGAGGGAUGAAGCGACAGAUCAUGGAUGAGUUUGUCUCUAACAACAAGUUCCUGCAGGUGCCACGGCUGGUCAACCAGCAGCUUUUUGAUGAGCUGUGUCCUGUCAAGCAGUUCCACCGACGGAGAAAGUACUGUGUGCUGCUGAUCACAGGGGAGGACCAGGCCUUUCUUCCAGGCAAUAAGGCCUUCCUGGACUUUGCGGCGGCUAACAGAAAAGAGGUGCUGCGGUUUGCGUACGUCUACCAGCGUCAGCAGCAGCCUCUCUGUCAGGCGCUGCUCCCUAAUCAGGCUGCACUCUCACCUCAGGUGGUGAUUCUUGAGAGGCGGAGCCAGGCUGGCAAGGUCCUGUACCGCUCUGUGAGUGGUGGCUGGAACGGCAGUGAAGAAGACAAGUACCGCCUCCACGAACAGUUGGAGCUCCUUCAGAAAGACCCCACCUAUCUGAGCUCAGACGCCACCCUGCCAGAACUCAACAACGAGAUGGCCCCCAUGUUUAUUAUUCAGUGGAUGAACGCCGCCUAUGAUUACAUCCUUCAGAUAUAUGAUGACCUUCUCUACUCAAACUGGCGAGAGAUGAUGCCCAUUCUGUCGCUGAUCUUCUCAGCUCUGUUCAUUCUUUUUGGCACCGUCAUCAUUCAGGCCUUCAGUGAGCCAGGUGAGAGCAAACCGCGGAAACCAAAGCCAAAGGAGCAACAUCAAACUGAGGACGAUACAUCAAGUAGAGCCAGUACCUCAAGCCGUCCUCCUAAGAAGGACUUUGUGGAAGUGACAGAGCUGACAGACAUCACGUACACCAGCAACCUGGUCAAACUGAGGCCUGGCCACAUCAAUGUUGUGCUGGUGCUCACCAACGCCUCCAAGACUGCCUUGCUCAGGAAAUUUGCCAAAGAGGUUUUUUCUUUCUCUGGAACUCAGACCCUCCACUUCUCCUUCCUCAAUGCUGAUAAGCACCGCCACUGGAUGCCAUCACUCCUUCGCUUAACCUCUCACGCUAUGCAGAGCGAAGGCCAUUCAGACGAGGACGAGGAGUCUUCAGACUACAAUGGCCACGUCCUCGCCCUCAAUGGCUACAAGAAAUACUUUUGCCUCUUUAGACCCGUGUUCACAGGGGAAGAUCCCAACGAAUCCUCAUCUGAGACCUCAUUCUCCUCUGACAGCAGGAGAAAGUCACGUUCCAGGUCUAGGUCCAGCUCCCACUCUCGAUCCAGGUCCCAUUCCAGGGAGGAUGGGGCCGUACCGAAGAGAGGCUCCAGUAGGGCAACCAGCAUAGAAGUCCAUCACAAGCUUGACAGGCUGGGACUCUGGAUGGAGAGGCUAAUGGAGGGCACCCUACCCAGAUUACAGGUCCCUGCAUGGCCCUCUCUUGAUGAAACCACUAACAACUCCUCCACAGAGAGCUGAGGUCAAAGUAAGAAAGGUAUGAAUGGUAGCAGGUACACUUGGUGGUCUCACCUCCUGAUUAAGUUCUUUAGCAAGAAAACUGCAGAACAAUGCUGCAGUUUUCAAAUAAUAAUUUAAGUUCUCUUUCACACAGGUAGGUUGCUGCACUGAACUGUUGCAACCUGCUUACAGAAUGUCUUAUUUCAUCUGUUAGAUAGUGUGGAGCAGAUGGAAAUUGACGGCUUAGAGUAAUGUGCUACCACAAACCUUUAAUGUGUGCAUAUUGAGGCAAAGUCUGAGGUAUAAAAUGCCACUUUGUGUCUUCUGUACAGAGAAGGAAGGAAUCUAUAGGACAACAAUAGCAGAUGGCGUUUUACCUGAUAUGCUGAGCUGUAGCGCAUACAUACACGGCCAAUCUUCACACACACAGGUGGUGUGCGUUGUUAGCUAGCUACAGCACCUUGCAAAGGAGAGUUAUGAUUGCAUGCAAAGCAAAUUUUCAUAUUGCUUUAUUUGCUCACAUGUGACUGCUGGAGUGUUUUUACUGUCACUGUUUAUUACCCACAAACAGCCAGUAAGCAUCAUGGUACAGACGUAGCUGUGUGUGUGGAAUGUGCCCAUGUGUGUUACAGAUUAACUCCAGGUCUUUGUGUUAUUUUCCUCUCCUUUUCACUCUUGCACAUUCAUUAGGUGAAUAAGCGCAAUUUUUCUUUGCUCUACUCAAGUCCUUUGAACCACCAAGAGCCUCUAGAAUUUGCUUUGAGCCCAAAAACAUCUUUACAAUUGACAGCCCUCUAUCAUGAGUUUGACUUUUGGCAGUAUGUCCCUCAGAUGGAGAUGACUGUGUAUGAUCUGAUCUCCACACAGGCUUUCUUUGGAAGCAGGUUAAUACAAAUGAAGGCUGAACCUUUAAACUAAGCCUGAUGCACUGAAUUUAUAGAUAAAUUAUUGGUUGUUGUUUUUUUGUUUGUUUUUUGCUUUGAGGAGCCUUCAGUUGUGCUUAAUUAUUGACCUUUGUUUGCUAUCGUAAAUCUGACACAACCUUUUUGAUUCCAGACAUAAAGACAGAGAGAAUCCCACAGCAUUGUAAGCAGCAAUAAUCAAUGUAUUCACAUAACACCAUCUACAUUUCUACAUGUUUUUAAAGAAGCAUUGAUGAUUUAAUAGGAUUCUUCCUGAAGUUGUUCUGCUCAGGCCAAGUUGUCAUGUCUUGCAGGGUUAGGGUAAGUGGUACCCAAAAUGUGGAAAGCUGCCCUUUUGUCUUUACAGUUGCUGUUUAUUUGGGCUGCUUUUGCUUUUUUUUUUUAAAGUUGUCAAUUUUUGGAAUCAGGGAGAAACGAUACAUCCUACCAUGUUAGACUUGCCCUUUUUAAGCCUGUUCCCUUAAACCACUGUAAAUGUUAUUAAUGCAUGAAAUAAGUAGACCUAAAAUCACUAAUAAAUGUUUAGUGAAUUUGCACUGGCAACUUAAAUGUUUCACCCCCUCUGUCUCCUCCUUUUACUCUGUAAUGGCAUAAUUUCCUCCUCAACAAAUAAUAUUUGCAGUACACUGUAACUGUUGUAUGUCCUUUGAACUUCAUUUAUGUUCAUAUUCAACUGUGAGAAAUGAAAUAUAACUUAUUAAAAGAAACUCCUUUUAAAACAGUUAA